CAAGGAAGGAGACAGCAAUGGAGGUGGGGGACGAUUCGAGCACCCUGCGCGACGACGCCCUGGCGCAUCCCUUAUUGGAGGUGAUCUUCAUGUUGCCGGAAUGUGACCUCAUUUUCCACCCCAGCUUCAGCAACCUGCUGGUGCCGCAGCGUUGGCUGCGGGAGGUGGAACACAUGCUCGACUACGUCCGACGCCACGAGUCCUUCGACUUCGGCAUCUUCCACGACGGCAUCUUCUUCCUCACGUACGAGGCCGACCGAGAGUUUUCUAGGUGCAGUCGAGUGACGAUCGAGGUAAAUAUCGACCAAGACGACGGCCCUCCGAGCACUCACUCCGAUGGAAGAGAAGUGAUGGUGAUGAUACAGCGGGUCUCGGACGCCAGCGAGGCGACAGCGGAUCCGAGCCAUCAACGGGGUUUCGGUGCAGUGCCGGCGUCCACGGCAUCGAUCAAGAGCCUGAAAACCCUAACCGUGGGAGUAGCAGACGGCGUCACGGCAGGAAGGGAGUGCAGUGUUUGCCUAGAAAACAUGGGAUGCGGGGAGAAAGUCUGCCGGAUGCCCUGCUCGCAUGUCUUCCACGCGACCUGUCUCCGUCAGUGGCUUCAGCUCAGCCGUCUCUGCCCUCUCUGCCGAUUCUCGUUGACUGCCGACGACGGCGAUUGAAAGUAGACAGAUUUCACUGUACAGAAGUCGUUUGUAGUAAUACUUUUGUGCACAGAAGCCAUCGAA